UACAUGUUCCUUCGGCCAGCAAACUUGCAUUCCAUUGCUCCAGCUACACGCCUACACAGGUCCCCCUUCCCCAGCAGCAGCAACGGCGGUGGCCAUGUGAUAGGCCUCCCUAGCGGCAGGCCACGCGGUCCACCUCCACCCACUCCGGCGCCGAUAACAGGAUCGGACGACGGACCGAUGUCGGAGACGCAACCACCCUCGCCAUCUUCGUGGUCGGCCAUCCCGCUGGACCUGGCCGGGCUGGUGCUCCGGCUCCUCCCCGCGUGCGCCGACCGCGCCCGCUUCGCCGCGGUAUGCCCGCAGUGGCGCGCCGCCGAGCUGCACCACCGCGUGCUCCCGGUGCUGCCUCUGCUCGCGCUCCCGGACGGCACCUUCUACAGCCUCCCUUACAGCAAGCGCUUCCGCUUCCCAGGCUGCGGCUUCGCGGGGUACAACAGCGCCUGCGGCCGCUGGCUCGCCUUCCUACGCGACGACGGAUGCUUCCUCGUGGAUCCAUUCACCGGCGCCACCGUGACGCUCCCUGCACUCUCUGACGUCCGGCUCCGUCCACCGCAUGCGGAUCUGAAGCACAUACCAGAGCACGAACGGCACACCCGCGGCACAUGGCUGCUCAUCAGAAACGCGGACACUCUCCUGCUGAGUAAGCUGAUGCUGUGCUCGCCAAACCUCGCCGCUGCAUUUGUCUGCCAUGAAAUGCUCGGCCAGAUCCUGCUGUGCCGGCCAGGGGCUACCUCGUGCUCGGUACGCGCGUACGAUGAGUGCAAGGAUUACAAAGAUAUGGCGUUCUACCAGGGCAAGCUCUACGCCAUUGACUAUGGCGAGGACCUCUUCGUGGUGAACAUUGGUCAGGACGAGAGCACCGGCGACCCGCAGAUUUCUCGGAUCGGACGGAUCAUCAAUGGCGAUCCAUGUGAUUUGGAUUGGACGCCAAGCAACAGCACCAUCAAGAUCAAGGUUUACCUGGUCGAAUCAUGCGGCAAGCUGCUAAUGAUACGCAGGAAGAUCUGGUGCAGGCUGGUGCUGGACCAUGUUUUGGCUGGAGAGAGCGAGUUCGAGGUGUUCGAGGCUGACUUCAAGCGCUCACGGUGGGUCAGCGUGACGACCUUGGGAGAGGACCAGGUGGUUUUUGUUGGGCGGAGCUGCUCACGGGCCGUUCCCGUGUCUCAGUACGGGAUGAAGGGUGACCGGAUCUUUUUCUUGGACGAUGAUGAAUAUUACAAGGGCUAUAGUCACAAGAGCAAUGAAACUUCCAUCGGUGUUUACGACAUGAUAGACGGCGAGGUCUCAUCUCCUCUGCCGAUGGUCUCAUGGAAACGUGAUAGGGAUAGAAACAAGAUGCGUCAGACGACAUGGCUACUUCCGUGAGACUACCUUGACUGAUGUUGUGUUGCUUUGCAAGGCGUCAGUAUCUAUGGUGUGUUGAAAUGUGCUAUGGCGUGUUCAACUCAAGUUAAAUUGCACAAGUAUCUCACUGUAUCAUGGACAUCCAAUUAUAGUUGUGGUGCUGAAACUUCAGGUGCGUUAUUUAGCACUGUUUUCCAUUUCGAAACUGGAGUCAAACUUCGAGCUAGG